AGUGUUUUGAUCCACAAUAACUGAAUAUUUUAUGUAUUACACUCAAAUGCUUGUUUAAGCCCAACAACACCGUCGAAAGUAUACAAAAAAAAAAUAUUCAAAGUAUACAAAAAAAAAUAUUCAUUCAGACGAAAUCGAUCUCCCUUCUGUCCUUCAUUUCUCCAUUCCUCCUCAUCAGUGAAUAAUAGCAACGACACAGAGCACAGACUAUGACCACGCCAGAUCAGCUCGAUGCUAAACGGAGACGAGUCUCUAGAGCAUGUGAUAUAUGUCGGAGGAAGAAAGUUCGAUGCGAUGGCUUGCAGCCUUCUUGUACCAACUGCACCACCUUUGGUUUCCAAUGCACUUUUAAUGACUCUGCCAAAAAGAGAGGUCCGCCCAAGGGUUACAUUGAGGCCCUUGAGAACAGACUCCAUAGGAUGGAAAGUCUUCUAGGCGGAUUAGUGCAAAGUGGUGAACGUCCUAAAGCGGAUCUUGAUGCUUGGCGAGAUGAGCACGAUGAUGAUGUAGACUCGUUGGACUCUAUCUGGCCAGCAUCGUCCGAUACCCCUCUCUUUCCUCCACCAGUCCCGUCAUCUCUACCCACAAACAAUCGCCAUCAACAUACCGACUCAAUCUCUACGGCCAUUUCGAGCUCAUCUACAAUUAAUAGCCAAAUGAACGAAGAGGAGGAAGAAGAGGUUUUACCUUUUGAUCUAGAAGCAAGAGAAAAAAUCAACGCUAUAUCGGACAGUUUAUCAUCAAUGACACUGGAUGAUGGAGGCUUCGUUCGAUACCUUGGCAACAGUUCCGGCAUCGACAUGCUACAGAGAAGCCAGCUCUUAAAAAAUGGUCGUUAUAUGAUGCCACUACGUAUGAACGAGCAUAGAGAAUGGCUGUUGCAGAGGGAGAAUAUUAUCGCCCAGAUGGAGAGUGAAAUGACCAUGCCUCCCCGAGAUCUUGCAGAACAUUUAAUUGAACUGUAUUUUACAUAUGUUCAUCCCAACAUACCAGUUCUACACAGACCUACAUUCAUGCGCCAAUAUCGCAAUCUAGACCCUUUGAAAAAGCCUCCAAGAGCAUUACUGAAUGCUAUGUUUGCAAUCGCCUCUCGUUAUUCAACUAACCCCGAAAUCAUUGGGAAUGAUCCCGAAGCCUUUGGAGAUGAGUAUUUCAGCCGGGCCAAAAGGCUCAUCGAUCUUGAAUAUGAAGUUCCUCGUCAGACUUCCAUUCAAGCCCUGUUGCUCAUGGUCACCUAUCGAUUUACAAGCGCAAAAUCUGGUGGCCGUGUCUGGGUCAUGUUGGGAAUGGCUACGCGAAUGGCGCAGGAUCUGGGCAUGCACAGGAACUCGGCGCGCUGGCAUUUACCACCAUUAGAGGCAGAACUCCGAAAGCGCUUGUGGUGGGCGGUCUAUGUGAUGGAUCGGUGGGUAAGCGCCUGCAUGGGGCGGCCUAUGGCGAUUGAUGAUGCUGAUUGUGAUGUAGACUAUCCCUCAGUUGUGGAACAGGACUGGGCUGACCCUGAUGGUAACCCAGUUUCACCAAGCGAAGAGGCUGAGAAGCUCAAGGAGCAGUCAUCCUUUGCUUUACGCUAUUUUGUCGAAACCAUCAAGCUUUCCCAAAUCCUUGGUCAAAUCCUUCGAGGUGUAUAUUCCCCACAAACAAGGAACCAUGGACCUGGUCAAGUCAUCUCUACGGUCUAUGACCUUGACACUAUGCUCACCAAAUGGCUGCUAGCAUUGCCCUCUGAUCUGAAAUACGACAACAAAAUCGAACCCAUGCAGUUGAGCCGGUGGGUCGCAACGAUUCAUAUUUCAUAUUACUCGGCCCUUAUUCUUCUUCAUCGUCCGUAUAUGGUGCCUUCGUCUUUGACAAGGAGUAAGCUCUCAGAAUCAAUGCCCUCACUCAAUAUCUGCAUCUCCGCUGCCAACUCUAUUACACACCUGGCUGAAAUGCUGGUGCAUGAAGAUUUCCUUAAGUAUGUAUGGAACUUUAGUACAUUUGACAUCUUCUUGGCGUCGCUGAUCCACCUUACAAAUUCCGCCUCGCUUGAUAUCUUCUUACAAAAGCAAGCGCGCAAGAAUCUUGUCAAGACCAUUGCCUAUAUGAAGAACCUUGGGAGCCGCUGGUUCAAUGCUGCAAAAUUCUCUAUGCUUCUCGAGGACCUGAUGAAUGCACAUCUCAACUUUGAUGAGUACAAGAUGGAUGAUCAUGCCUUUGAGUCGGAGGUAGCUGCCAAGGCUGGACAAAUAGACUGUCCCUAUCCAAUCAUGCUCAGAGACCAAACUCAUCCUUCCGGGGGUACGCUCAUGUUUUCACCAAAAGUUGUGGGCGGUCCUCAGACACCUCUUUCUGCGUCGAGCACACCAUCCUCUUCACCUUCAACACCACUUAUUGUCAAUCCAGAUAUCGUCCAAAAUUCAAAAUCGGGGUUCACUGGGCAGGAUAACUCCAACUUUCAGAAUGUUCAAAAUUCUCCUAUAUCUGAUGCUAAUAUGCCUGCAACACAUGGGUCAGUCAAUGCGGCUGCUCAAACCGCUGCAAAACCGAAGAGGAGUCGCAAAGGAACGUCGAGCUCUCAACGCAACUCUUUACUGUUUCAAGGAAAUACGCCUUCGAGCUCUUCUAUUGAUCAACCCACCUUCACGUUUUCGUCUCUCUCAAUCCCAGGAAUGUUUACUCAUGGUCAGGCUUUUGUGGAUUAUAGGCAGAUCAUGAACCAGCAGCAACCGCCUCAUCCAUCACCAUCCCAAAUCCAGUCAACACAGCAGCAACAGCAGCAGCAACAACAACAACAUCAGGAGCAACAAUUACAUGAAUCACAACUCGCACAGCCGUUCUCUCUCACACCCCUAUUUUCUUCGCCUCUGGCGUUGCAAGAGAGAUGCACCCAGCACCAGCAAACACUCAACAACGACCAAAAUCAUCCCGUGGACCCAAUUCAGCAUUUACAACUUCAGCGACAACAGCAGUUCCUGCAGCAUCAGCAUGAAUUUAUUCAGCAACAGCAGUUCAUUCAACAGCAUCGAUUGAAUAUGCGUCUACAGGAACAACAGAAACAAGCUCAAGGAAUGCCACAGCAACCGGAACAGCAACAAUAUAAAGCAUGCGAUGACAUAUCCGAUAACAAAAAUUUUGUAUCAUCGCCAGUUUUUAAUGCUAGCGAGACCCGCAGUCAGGAAGGUAGUAGCAGCGCUAUUAGCAGCAGUUACGACAAAGCUGGAAACAAUACCAAUACAACAACGACGUCCACAAGUGCCAACACGGUAGGAGCAACCGAAAGUUACUCAAAUCUGGCGCUGUUCUCGCCACAGGAGCUGAUUCAGGACCCAAACAUGGUUGCUGUUCCUAAUCCGUUCUUUGGUAUCCCAAAUACCAUCAAUUGGGAUGAGUGGAAUCAAUUCAUUGCUAAUACAACUCUUCAAAAGUUUUAGUUUGGAUGCGAUAAAAU